AUGAAGGAGAGUUUUGAACAGUAUGCCAGUUUAUUAUCCCAGGAUGUCAAACCUGUUGAUCUAACAGAACUUAGUUCAAGUAAGGAGCAAGCAUUGGCAUCUUUACAAGCAGAGCCGCAGUCAGAUUGGAAGCUGGCAGUGCAGCGUCAUGGGCAUAAUGUUGCCGAGGUGAUGAAUUUGAUAGGUGAUGUAAAGGGAAAGGUAGCAGUUAUGGUAGAUGACAUGAUUGAUACUGCUGGAACCAUCGCCAAAGGCGCAGCUCUGUUGCAUCAAGAAGGGGCAAGAGAAGUCUAUGCAUGCACUACACAUGCUGUUUUCAGGUAUAUAAUGACCUUCUAUUUUCUUUACAUAAUUUAUUUUAACUUGGGGUUUGUGCUGCUGAGGCACUUUAAUCAGGUCAAUUAUGGUGAAAUGAAAAAUAAAGGGACUUUUGAUCCCUUAUCUAUAUUGUUACUGCUAUUUUGA